AUGGCGCUAGGCACUAUGACCGGGCGUCCGCUGCUGCUGCUCGCCUUGCUGGCCGCCGCGCUUGCCAACCAGCUAGAAGAUAUCCCUCACAAUGAAGUCAAGAAUUGGGCGCUAAAAUUCGGUGUCGACCUCUGGGAGUUCGGGCGGCACUUCACAAAAAUGAAUCAAAUACAAAACAAAUACCAUGAAUACAAUGUGGAGGUGGUACGCAAAGAUGGGCUACUUCUCGUACGGGAACUUGCAGCUGAAGUUAAGAACCAUAUGGACUUUAAAAUCAACGCAGUCAUGCGUAUAAUGGACUCAGCAGAAGCCGCUGCACUAUCAGCGGGUAGCAACAGUGACAUGUCUCCUGGGGCCUACUACGACGCUCGCUGGUUGAACGUGCACGCUGACGAUGGAACCCUGGCAGCUCGUGCUAGAAGGCUCUUACUCUCGCCGAGCAGACACUUCGACCAUAUCGCCGUUAAUACUAGCUACAGUGCAGUCCUAAUGCCCCCUUAUAUCAACACUGAUGAUAGCGAGGUUCAAAACCAAAUAUCUUGGUCGGAACAUUUGGACCCUCUGUUUGUGAAUAACUAUGAAAUCGAUCCCACACUCUCGUGGCAGUACUAUGCAUCAUCUUCGGGCUUCAUGAGACGAUACCCAGCUAUGUCUUGGCCUCCCGAAGAUGGAUAUUCGCACCACGCCCGCGACUUCUACGACUUUAGGUCAUCAAACUGGUUCGUGGAAGCGGCCACUUCACCGAAAGACCUUGUUAUCUUAAUAGAUGACUCUGAUGAUAUGGGUUCUUCGUAUCGUCGACUCGCAAAGGCGACGGUGUCAGCCCUGCUCGAUACUCUUGGUCCGAACGAUUUUGUCAACGUAUACAGAUAUAGCGACACAGUUUCUGAGCUUCAUCCUUGCUACACGAAAAUUUUAGCACAGGCGGUACCUGAAACAAUACGGGAGCUAAAAGGGGAAGUAUGGGCGGCUGAGGCGUCUGGCGGUGCGGCCAAUCUGACCGGCGCUCUCACCACGGCCUUUGAAAUACUCCAUCGGUACAACCGUACGGGGCAAGGUUGUCAAUGUAACCAGGCGAUUGCGGUGGUAGGAGCAGGAGGGGGCACGGCGGGAGUAAAAGCUGUUUUCCGUACGUGGAAUUGGCCUCAUAUGCCUGUACGCAUUUUCACAUAUAGAGUAGGCGGAGAUGCUGCUUCAGGACACAAUAUGAAAGAAAUGGCGUGCACUAAUAAAGGAUUUCAUGUGACCAUCAAUGACCACGGGGAAAUUCGAUCUAAAGUGCUGCAUUUUGUGGAAGUACUAGCUCGACCAAUGGUCAUGUACCAGACCCUGCAUCCCGUCCACUGGAGCCCCGUUUACGUCGGCGGAAGGAGUAGCAGCCUUGAUGAUGACGGGAUGGGUCAACUGAUGACAUCAGUAACCGUUCCUAUUUUUGACAGACGAAAUCGAACGCAUAGAGAAGCCAACUUACUGGGUGUAGUGGGCACUGAUGUUCCUGUCGAUCAAAUAAAGAAGCUCGUGCCACCAUACAAGCUAGGAGUAAACGGUUACUCUUUUAUGGUGGAUAACAACGGGCAUGUUUUGUAUCAUCCAGACUUAAGACCUUUGCACACAAAUGAGGAGUACACGGAAACUCUACGACCUCUCUACUCCAGCGUGGAUGUUACGGACGUAGAACUGCUUGUAGAUUCUGAUGAAAAUUCGCGAGUCAACCUAACUUCAUUACUUCUUGAUCUCCGACAUGACAUGAUAGAACAGCGUGAAGGCGAAACUGAAAUGGGCGUGAAGGUUCAGUAUGAAGGCAUGAGACGUGUCGCAACACGGCGUCAGCGCUACUUCUAUAGUCCGGUGGACGGCACGCCUUACUCGCUGGCCGCCGUAUUGCCCGAUGGCUACGGCAUGUACGAACUGCAAGCGGAACAGGAAAUAAAACACAGUCCUAUCAAUGUCACGGAAUAUUUCAAAGGAGAAAAUUGGAAGAUUCAUCCAGAUUGGGUGUACUGUGAAUACGCGUCCACGUCUGACCAAGCGUUCAACUCGCCCGAGGAGCAAUUGCUGCACUUCCUGACGCGGUCCGGCCGUCCCGGCUGGAAGUGGAUGUCGCUGCGGCCGCGCGCGCUCACCUUGCAUAAUGCUCAUAAGAAGCAGGACCGUGACUCGUACUAUUGUGAUAAAACUUUAGUACAAUCACUGGUCCGGGACGCAAUGGUAAUAAAAGAGUUGGACGCUCACACAGGACAUGCCAGCCAUCACUCCCACCCGAUAGCAACAUUAAUGGCACUACUAACAAGACAAGGGCGCUUUCACAAGUUCGUGGUAUCAAUGUCCUUCAUCGCUACUAGAAGCGGUCUUCUCAAGUGGACCGAGAACAUGAACAGCUCAAGGUCGACUGACUCUUCUGAAACGCAUUUUAGUGAAAAAUAUGCUCGAGCGUUCGAUUCCGAGUGGUACCGUCGAGCUGUCGAACAUCACUCAAUAGAGCCAGAGAGCUUUGUGUUCUCCGUUCCGUUCCGUGAUGGUUCCGAACCAGAAGAUUUCAGUGGAAAGACUCCUUUAGUACUCGCCACUCAUGCAGUCUUUGUAGAAUCAAGAGGUCACCGCGCCCCCGCCGCAGUGGUCGGGUUGCACUUCCAACUGGAUUCUCUUGCGAAACACUUCUUGAAUGUUACUUCUACGUGUACAGCCGGUAGUAUUUGUAAGAAAACAUGCGCUGGAGACGAACUGGACUGCUAUAUCUUAGAUGACAACGGUUUCAUUAUUUUAUCAGAGGAUGCAUCUCAAACAGGAAGAUUCUUUGGACAAGUUGAUGGUACCAUAAUGGAUUCACUGGUUCAAGAUAGAAUUUACAAGAAAGUUACAGUACAUGAUCAUCAAGGCCGAUGUCCUGAUUCAAGGAACCCCUUUAGCGGAGCGAGUAAUAAGUUAACACCAAUGACACCACUAUCCUGGGUCGGCGGAUACGUUUUCAAUUUGAUAGCGGUAUGGUAUCCGCUGUGGGAGACAGUACAUGCGCGUCCUUAUGCACAUGCUGAAGAAGAAUUAGAUUACGAAGACUACGAAAGUGAAGAUAUGGAACAUGACGAUGAUUUAGACCGAGAUCGUGGAACAUAUGAAAUUAUUAUCGAUGGGAUGGGGGGCACUGACAAGGGGCAUGAAGCGCCCCCGGCGAGCCCCGGACCGCCGCGCGAGCCCCCGCGCGAGGCCGCGCGCUCCGCCGCCGUGCGACCCUGCGACACUAGCGCCGAGCUCUUUACACUGCAGUCUACCAGACUAAAUGCAGCGCAACCUUUGAAGGGAAAGCUCACUAACUGCCAUAAUUCAGGAUGUGAGAGACCAUUUAGCGUGCAGAAGAUCCCGCACAGCAAUCUGAUCCUCCUGGUCGUGGACACGCUGUGCCCGUGCGGCGCCAAGCGGCUGGACGUGCGCGCGCGCGAGGCGGGCGUGCGCACCGCGUGCCGCCGCGCGCCGCGCGCGCUGCCGCGCCGCCGCCCGCCCGCCUGCGUGUCCUACCACCCUGAGGAGAUCGAAAUCCAGUCGUGUGGCCGCGGCGCCCGCACGCGCCCUCUGUUCGCGUUGCUCGCCGCACUCGUGCUGCGAUUAUUUUUCGAUCUAAUUAAAUCAACG